AAAAUGACAAAUCGCACCAGCAGCAAGACAGCUCCUGAACUCAAGGCCCUCGACAGGAGCCAUGAGACUGGAGCAGCCUUGUCCAGAUUGGUCGAGGCUGAUGGCGCUGGCAGCUGGCCGCCAAGAGCCAAUCACGGCAACUGGCCUAUUGAACUUCUCCCAUACCACGAGAUUUACAUGGAUAUGGUCCCUUUCUUGUCCUCGGGAAGCCCUUCGCUCGACGACAACGUGAACAUUGAGCGUCGGGAUCGGUUCCGAUCGCUCAUGAUUAAGAAAGUAAAUGAGCGUGUUGAUAUGGCCCGCGUCCAUGGAAUUCUUACGUCGAUCGAAGCUGGCGACUGGAGUGGGUGUUCUCGCGAAGCUUACAAUGGCUUUUAUUGUUGCAUCGGUGUUUUGCGUCAUGCCUACCGCUGGGCAAUUAUCCCAUCGGUCAAGGUUGCCCAAGAAGAGAAGAUUAUUGAUUUCCCUGCCCAAAUCGACAUCCCGUGGGUGUACCUCCAACGAAAAUUUGGGUUCGAGUCUGAUAGCGGCAACAACACAUCCAACGUCCUGCAUAACUUCAAUGACAAGGGCGAGCGGGCAUAUAAAAUUAACCAGGAUGUCUCGGAGAUUGUUACAGCAACCGAGGAUGCAUUCUUCCGCAUUUUCUACGAUGUAGAAGUUAUGGCUUAUCCAAUGUAUCAAGCUAUGGUCGGAGCCAACAUUGCCUUCGAGCAGGGCAAUAAAGUAGAAUGCCUGAAUCAUAUGCGAGAUAUUAACAUCCAGCUACGCCAGCUCCUCAAAGUCUUCUACCAGAAUCUUGUCGAGUCUCGCGUGGCCAAGGGAGUGUGGCUCGGCUACUGCCAAAGCUUUCAGGCCUGGGGAGCUGGAAGAAUGAUCGACGGCGAAUAUGUAGAGUUCGAUGGCGUCUCUGGAAGCCACAACCUCUGCUUCAUGGUCAUAGAUGCCUUCUUGGGAAUGGAGAGCUAUAUGACCGAGCAAAACAUGCGCCGGUACAUUCCCCAUAACCAACGAGCGAUGAUUGCGACGUUUAGGAAGUACUCGUUCUUCACAAAGCUCCAAGCCGACAAGGACAAGGAGAUUUCAGACGAGUUUUGUAAGAUCAUUCAACAUCUGAAUGUAUUUCGCUCAGCUCAUAGAGCUCGUGUAAUGCCAUAUCUAGCACAACCAGCCCCAGAGCGGAUAAUGAUGACUGCUGGGAAGUCGCUCAAUGAAGCUACCAACGACGCCUCGCACCUGGAAAUUUUAGAUAAUAUGCUUGUUUCAAGGCUGAAAGACACAAUUGUCAUGGCGAAGCAACUGCUGGUAUAG